CCCACCCCCCUCCCAGUCUCCUCCAUCACCAACCUCCUCCUCUCCCUCUCCCUGCCCGAACCAACCCACAUCGAACCCAUGACAGUAACCGCCGCCUUCCACACAAUCUACCUAAUCCACUUCGCCCCAUCCGCGGCGCCACUCAUCCCGCACAACCCCACCCGCUCCCCAGACGGGAGCAUAACCCUCGUCCUGCGAGUCUCCGGCCGACACCUGCCGGAGAUAAAAACCCUCAACGAGAUCGGGAUCAUGACGUGGGUGCGGCAAAACACAUCGAUCCCCAUUGCGCAGGUAAUCCACUACAGCGCGACCACAGACAACGCACUGGGAUACGAAUACACACUUCUCGAGAAGGUGCGGGGGGUCAGUGUGGACCGGAUUUAUCACACUUUGACAGACGAUCAGAAAACGAAUCUGGUUUGUCAGUUAACGGAUUACCUGAUCAAGUUGCACUCCCGGCCAUGGGGGAACUAUAUCGGCGGACUCGUGGUCAAAGAUGGUGGUGUCGUGGGACCGGGCCCGCUGAUCGAUGAGACCUUGUGGAUGGAGCCGGAUGUAGCCACGUACUGGAACAACACCACCACCAACACCAACUCCCAAAAAGAAACAAUCUACACCCUCAACCCCCUCCACCCCAGCGGCUAUACCAGCUACAGCUCCUACACGGCCGCCUGCCUAACAUCCUACAUGCACGCCAUCACCACCCACCCAACCCUAACCCCCUACACCCCUCUCCUCCCGCGCCUCCGCGCCCUCAUCCACACCCUCACCGUCUCCCUCUCCCUCCCCAUCCCCUCCACCCCCUCCAUCCUCGCCCACAAAGACCUCCACUUCGGCAACAUCACCUGCGACGCGAGUUCCCCCUCCUGCGACAUAACCGGCAUUCUAGACUGGGAAUUCUCCGGGAUCGUGCCAGCCGGACGCUGGAAUCCUCCGCGGGCGUUCCUAUGGAAUACAGGCCACACGGAGGCGGAUAAGGCCGAGCGGGGGCGGAUGGAGCGCGUGUUUGAGGGGGUAUGUCGCGAGAAAGGGGCGGAGUGGAUGUUGGAGGGGAUGACGUUCACUGGGGUGCAGGAGGUGCUGCAGAGAGUGGUGAAUCAUGUUAGGGCGAUUGUGGAGGUUUGUCCGCGGGGUGAGGAUGGGAAGAGGGUGGAGGCGUGGAGGGCGGUGGUGGAGGAGGGUUUGGUGGUUUUGGGGGUUUAG